AUGACUUUCAAAACCUCACUUGACAUCGUACCCGGGGCAUCAUGGGUGCUUGUCGCCGUCAUGGGCCUCACUGGCAGUGGGAAAAUUACUUUCAUACAGACAGCAAGCCAAUCCCCUGAAGUGGUCGUCGGACACGACCUUGAAUCAUGUACAAGCGAAAUGAAAGGCUACACAUUCCACUACAAAGGACGCAACGUGAACCUGAUCGAUACCCCGGGAUUUGACGACACACACAAAUCGGAAACCGAGGUCUUGACCAACAUCGCGAAGUGGCUCAAGGACUCCUAUGGGAAUGCCGAGAAACUCCAUGGGGUAAUUUAUCUUCAUAGCAUCAAUAAGCCUCGCAUGGAGGGGUCGGCCCUCCGCAACCUCCGAAUGUUCCGCCAACUUUGUGGUGAAAGCCCUCUGAAGAACGUGAUAUUGGCGACUACAUUCUGGGGUGAAGUUACCGCGAAGGCAGGGGAUAACCGAGAAGAGGAACUGCGCCAACGUCCUGAAUUCUGGGGGCAGAUGAUUGAUGGUGGAUCCCGCAUGAUGCGCUUCACUGAUCGUGCAUCUGCAUUGGAAAUUGUGGACCACUUCAUGCCCAUGAGGCCUGUGCCCUUGAAAAUCCAGAGAGAAAUGGUGGAUCAAGCCAAGCCUCUAAUAGAAACGGCAGCCGGUAAGCAUAUGAGCGAAGAACUUCUUCGUCGGGAGGAGUUGCAUCAAGAGGAGCUGCAAAAGAUCAAAGAAGAACAUGAGCUUGCAAUCGAAGAGAAGGACGAGCAGCUCCGCAUCAUCCUGGAGGAAAAUCAGCGCCGAAUCGAGAACAACCUGAACAAAAUCUAUCGUCAGCAAGAACAGCUGAGAGCAGAACGUUGUGCAGAGGAUCGAAAGAGACAGAACGACUACGAAAAUCACCUUCAAAGAAUGGAGAGCAUCAGCAAGAUCUCACUCCUUGACAGAGAAUCUGCUUCCGAUAUGCGCGAUAUGAGCUUCGAUGAACUUGUUGCAAAGAUUCGAGCCAACGAGAUCAAAAUCAAUGCCCAGGAUCGCGACAAGGUGGAAGCAUUGAUCGCAGAAGCUCAGCAGUCAUCGGAUCUGUCAAACGCCGCGACCAGGAAAAAGAAGGGAACCUCUCGUUAUUUGUUUAAAGCUUUGAGGGUUUUGGCUCCAAUUGUGAGCAUGGCUCUUAUUGGCGUUUCUGUCGUGUUGCCUAACUUUGGAGGGGACAGUGACAGCACGACAGCGACAUGA